AUGUCUCAUAGUAAAAGUGACUCUAAUCUAUUUCAUUCAGCGAUCGAUCAAUCCAUUGGAGAAUGGACAGAGUUAAAACAUGUGAUAGAAGUCUAUGGAGCUGGUGGUCACGAUGCCGAUGAGAAGUUAACAUGGAUGGGAGGUGUUUUGUUUGAUUAUUUUCGUAUUACACCAAUGGACCAGUUACGAUAUGAAAUCCAUGAUUACAUCGAAACAAUAGUUGACAAUGAAUUUGAUUUUGUUCCUAUGGAUAAAUCAUUGGACACUUUUAUUAGUAAACUACUGGAAUAUCAUUCUCUUUGGUCAGCCGGCCAAUCAGAUAGACUGAAAUCCAUCAUGGAUGAGCGUCGCAAAGUGGCCGAAGUAAAGAGAGAAGCCAUAGCUAAAGAGACAAAGGAGAUUGAUGCAUGUUUAGAAAAAAUAGCUCUUUCAACAGAAGAUACUAACAAAGAGACAAGCAGUCAAACAUCAAACUCAACAAAUAAUUCAACUGAUGGAGAAUCAGCUGAUACUGUGAGCUCAAAAAACACGGAGGAUUCAAAUGAAUGGGUAGUAGUUAACAAUAAAAAGAAAUCAAAUCGUAAAAGAUGA